GCCUUACAGAGAAGCUUUGGUAAAGGAUUUAACUUCUUGCCUCUUGAGUUUGUUAUCAGGAGCACAAUGGGUAGGAGCACAAUGGGUGUGGAGUUUUUGGUGUACAUGGAGAGAUCACAAUGGUUUUUUCGAUAUUCCUGGUACGAAGACUACCUACAAAGCCUUCUGAUAGAAGAAGAUGAGACACUGGAAGGACACGAGUUUGUUGAGGCAGUUGCUGUAAGAAAAAAGACGCUCUUUAUUGGCAAUCUGACUCCCCAAACUCAGAUAUCUGACAUCAUCAAUUUCAUCAAAGAUGUUGCAGCAGUUGUUUAUUGUAAACAAUGGUGGUGAUCACGUGGGCUAUGGUUUUGUCGAGUUUGCUUCUGCUGACGAAGCCAUGAAGGCGCGGGAAAAGAAGAAUGGUGAAUUAUUGUGCGGUCAUCAUGUUAUUCUUGGCGCGGCUGAGAUAGCUCCACACACUCCACUACUACACAUGUAUUGCAUAGAUCACAAGGUUUGCUACGAAGACUGCCUUCGAGGAGAAAGCCUUUUGAUAGAAGAAGAUGAGGUAAUAGAAGAAGAUGAGGCAGUGGAAGGACUUGAUGAUUUUGUUGAGGUACCUGUUCUAAUUAUCUCUCAAAAUUACGAGAGUAAGCUUGUGGGUUGUGGCUUUGUUGAAUUUGCUUCUGCUAUCGAAGCAAAGAAGGUGCUGAUAAAUACAAAUCGAAUGAGAGAAAUGACGGGUGAUCUCAUUAAUCUUGACGUGGCUAAGAUACGAGUAGCUCAGUACCCUCUCCGACCCAAGUAAAAUGGUUUUCCAUGUUGUGGAAAUUUGUUUCUCUAAUGUACCGCAUUGAGUUUUUAUUUUUUAAUGUCAUUUCAUAAAUGUAAUGCUAUCAUUUUUGUUAAUUAGGUACAACCUCACAGUGAAGCUUUGGUAUGGGAUUUAACUAUUUUGCCUUUUGAGUUUUGUUAUCAAUAGUACAUCAUGUGAAGUUUUUGGCAUAGAUGACAGGGGUUUUUGAUAUUCCACGUUCAAACACCAGUUUCCACCAAAAUGCCUUUGGAUAGAAGAGGAAAUGGAGGAGUUUUGUUCGAAGAAGAUUGCCUUCUCUUACGAUGAUGAUUGAUAUAAGAAGAUUCUCUUUGGUGUUUUUAAGUUGUGGUCUAGUUUAUUAAAAAUUAGAAAUUGAGGAAGGAGAAGAUUAUGGUCUUGCAGUUGGCUAUAGUGAUGACUCUCUUUAUUUCUGGGACAUUUGAAGUGUAAGAGAAUUUGUCAAAUAAGUUGUUCAGGUUUGUUCGUCUAAGGUUCUUCUAUUGAGUAAACUAAGCUAUGUCUA